AUUCUAUAGUCACUUGUUAGCCCAACCCUGGAGAACAAAUAGGAAUUUAACUUUUCCUGACUUAAAAAUCAAAAUGUAAUCUCUUAAAGUUCCCAGGAGAAGCUUUUUGCUGCCAUUGUAAUCACCUUUCCUCAUGUCUGUACCCCUGCUACCAACAUCACUCAGUCACCAUUGAGCUGUCAGUGCUGAGAGUUGUAGUUGCAGUGUAGCUGUAUGGACACUGGUUACUCACUGUAUUACAUCCCCUGACUGACUGCAUUGCUGGGGGAGUCACUACCAACCAACUCUGCCAAUUUACCUGCAACUUGUUUGUUUCUUUCCAGGGAGGAUUAAGAUCACACUAGUUAUUAUGAGUGGAGCUGCCAUACUCCCUCCUCUCACUCACCUCUUUUACUCACUGUUACAGAGUUUCUGUCUAACGAUACAAAUAUUUCUGAGCCUGAUCCUCACUGUAUCCAGAACUGAGAGGGUUAACUCCCAGGAGUACAAAGUGCUGUUUGUCUUUGAUAAAAGGGAAAGUUCAGUUUCGUUUCUUGUUCAGUUGCUGUUCCUGCUCUCAGUGAUGGCGGCUGCUGAUCUGAGAGACGAGCUGAGCUGCUCCAUCUGCCUGAGCAUUUAUACUGAUCCUGUAUCCCUGCCGUGUUCCCAUAACUUCUGCCGGGGCUGUAUUGGGAGGGUGCUGGGCACCCAGGAGGGAUCUGGGCCUUAUUCCUGCCCUGAAUGCAGACAGGAGUUUAAGGAGCGCCCUGCCCUGCCCAGGAACAGAACUCUGGGGAACAUAGCAGAGAGAUUCCGUCCGACUGAAACAGAGCCGGGGGAGACUGGGAUCUUCUGUACCUACUGUGUCCUCUCUCUUGUACCUGCUGUUAAAUCCUGUCUGCACUGUGAAGCUUCUCUGUGUGAGACCCACCUGAGGAUGCACAGCAAGUCAGCAGAACAUGUACUGACCCAACCCACUGAUUCCUUCAUGGAGAGAAAAUGUUCUGUACAUCACAAGGUUCUGGAGUAUUACUGCUGUGAGGAGUCUGUCUGUGUCUGUGUGUCCUGCUGUCUGGCCGGAGAGCACAGGGGCCACAGGGUGGAGCUGCUGAGUGAGGCCUCUGAGAAGAAGAAAGAGACACUGAGGAAAGUUGUGGAGAAACUGAGGCCAGAGAGAGAGGAGACUGAGAGAGGAGCCCAGAGACUGCAGGAGCGCAGGAGAGAAGUGGCAGAAAAAGCAGCCGGUGAGACAGAGAGAGUCACUGCCCUGUUUAGAGACAUCAGGGAACAGCUGGAAGCCCUAGAGAAGCGACUCCUGAGUGACAUCUCCAGCCAGAAAGAGAAGCUCUCACUCACACUCACUGAUCUGAUGGAGCAGCUGGAAAUAAAGAAGGACGAGCUGUCCAGGAAGAUCCGUCACAUUGAGGAGCUGUGCAACAUGGCAGAUCCACUCACUGUCCUACAGGAACGGGAAUCACAUGGAGCUGCAGAUAAUGAGGGGGGCAGAGAGAGACAUGAUAUAAAGGUCCCUGCUGUAGGGGAUCUGGAUGUGGAUCUGAUCUCAGAGACAUUACUCACAGGCUUAGCUGCCAUUGGGACUGGGGUAAAGGGAAGGAUCUAUGGGCAGGAGGCUACAGACCUGUUACUGGAUAUAAACACGGCUCAUAAUAAUGUAUCUGUAUCAGGGGACAGGAAAUCUGCUUCCUACUCACUAACAAAACUACAUUACCCACAAUCCCCAGAGAGAUUUCAGGAUUAUCCUCAGUCUUUAAGCAGCAGGAGUUUCCCCUCAGGGCGACAUUACUGGGAAGUGGAGGUCAGUGAAUCAGGGGGCUGGAUGGUAGGGGUGGCCUAUACCAGUAUAGAGAGGAGAGGGGAUCAGUCUGGUAUUGGGAAUAAUAACAAGUCCUGGUGUUUGUACAGAUGGUAUAAUAAUAACAGAUAUUCAGUGGUACAUAACAGUAAAAGGACAGAUUUACCCCACGUCUCUUCCUGCAGGAGAAUCAGGAUCUCAUUGGACUAUGAGGCUGGACGUCUGUCCUUUUAUGAGCUGAGUGAGCCAAUCAGACACUUACACACCUUCACUGUCACAUUCACUGAGCCCCUUCAUGUUGCAUUCUGGGUAAAGGGGAUUAAUUCCUGGGUGAGAAUCAUUAGUUAGGACACUGCCCACUGAGGUUUUAGAAAGCAAAAUCACAUACAUCCCCACAUUUAAAAAUGUAGAGAGACAAAAAUAUAUCAUCACAUCACUAUGCAUUUUUCAAAAUUAUUAAGUUAUGGAGCGUGUAAAUACAUUUCUGGGUAUGUAAAGGUUAUGCUUUAUUUGUUAUUACAGUUUUGUUAAUGAAGGUGAAAUUGCCCUGAAGGCUAUGGGCACACAGGCUGUUGGCUCUGACUAUUUUGUCUACUUGGACUGAUCUUAGUUUGAUCUCAGUUUGUGUCUGUGUGUGUCUGUCUGUGUGUGUGUGUGUAUGUGUGUGUUUGUGUGACACAGGCUGAUCAGAUUGAAAUCAAUGGAGUGGGGGCAGGGAGCAAAUCUACUUCUCUCAGCCUGCAAAAAUACAUAGAGAACAGCUGGAGCCUUCAGCCUGUGUGUCCAUAGCCUUAAAGAAGCUGAACAUCCAAGUUCCCCCACGAGACCUGCUUAUUUUAUCAGUUACAAUUGUAUCUCAGUGCAGGUGCUGAGUAUUCUGGGCUCUAUGCCAAAAUCUUCUUAUUUCAUUAAGUUGGAGAAACUUUGUAUAUUUUUUGUACUUAAGUUUAAAUGGAAAUGUGGGAAAUUUCUAUAAGAAUGUGAGACUGUGGGUUGAGACAGGUGAGAUAUAAAAUCAGAGGAUACAUUAUAACUCUUCCAGUAGAACUAAACCAAUCAGUGCAGCCCUAAUAAGUACUAGAUUAUAAUUAACUGUUUUCCUCUCCUCCCAACAAUUUAUCUCAUCAGGAAUUAUCUAGACUGGAUGUGCUGACACCUCCAAAAUGUACAACACAGUCACUGAGAAAGAGACUCCAAGAGGAAUUAAAUUGUCACACAGUCCCGAUUCAUUUGUGAAAAAAGUGCUUUUCUUAAAUGUGAUUUUUUAAUUGAAUGUGGAAUAAAGUGAGUAUUGAUUAUA